UCUCUUCGCAGCUGAUUUUGAUUAAAUAUUUGAAUUUUUAUUGUUGUUAUGGUGCUUGCAGAAUUUUAAAUCUCCUUCUUGUUCGGACAUCGGUGCUACUUCCUGCUUGUCCCCUUUUCGCUCUCCGCAUUACAGCCAAGCGUUUAAUUUUUGUGUUCAGCCCAAAUGAGAGCUAGAAACAAAAUUUAACGGCGCGCAGUUUAUGUGUACUAAAGAUGAGCAACGACUGCAAUCUAGACCAAAUCAAGGCCCAGGCUGGUUCUUGGAGCCUUCAGGGCGACGCAGAUAUGCUUGACGCCCUAGUAAAAAUAUCUAAGAACGUGAUUGAGAAAGCCGAGGUCACCACAAGAAAGGUCGAUGAUCUGUGUUUGAAUUUGGACAGGGCCGACUGCGACCUUCAAAAUAUUUCAAACUCAUUUACUGCUCUUGCCAACCAACAGUUCAUUGAGAAUAGAGUAGCGGAAGAAGAACCAGUCAUAGCUACCGAAGAAAAAGCCAAGGAGAAGGAAAUCAGCACAUCUGAGCGUAAUAAAUUGGCUAAAGAGGAUAUUUUGAGGAACAGUCUUGCUUUUGUUGACAAGUUUUUUGAUGUGAUUGAAGUUCCUAAAGCCAAUGAAUCAGAUGAUGAACAUUCCAAGCUUCAAUGUGUUUUUCAACUUAAAAAUCCACACCAUGGCAUAAGCCUGCCAUAUGUAAUUGGCUCUAAGGAGUUUGAGGAGGAUGAUUUUAUUGGACUGCGACCUGCUGCUGCGAUUGUUCCAAAGCCAGUUUCAGAUCAAGUCGAAGAGCUUCAAAACUGGGAAAGCAGUUCAGGAGAACCAAUCUCGAGUGAAGAAGAUGGUCUUUCAGCAUCUGGUGGAACUCAGAGAAGCAACCAAUCCUCACAAAGGUCGUCUUUCCUCAACGAGUUAUCCACAGCUAUCGGAAACGGGACACCUCCAGCAGCGGAAGUUUCACAGCCAAAAAUUCCAUCACUUAUAUCAGCUUACGCUCAGAGAGAACCACCACCACUGUUUGGGGAAGACGACGAGGCAGAAGACUCAAUUUUUGGAUCUGGGGCGAACUUAUUUAAGGAUGAAAAAACUAUUCCAGCAAAACAGCAACCCAAACCAACCACAGACGGGGGCAAUGGAAGUCUUUUUGGAGACGACGAAGAAGACUUUUUUGAUAAGCCUGUAGCUCAACCCUCAACAAUGGGCUCAAGUGAGAAGAAUCUUGAAAAUCAACCAAUCAAGGAGCAAACCAAAAAGUUGCCCCCGGGUGCAGUUUCCAUUUUUGGUAACAAGCCCAUAAUGCCUAAACAGCGUCAGCCUUCUUCGUCAUCUAAAAGCUCGUUGGAUGAACAUGCGGCAGUUAUUCAGGUGCCUCCCGCUGCUUCAAAUGUUUUUGCAGUUCCCGUUAAGCAAAGCAGUGGACUCUUCAGUGAUGACUCAGAUGAUGAUGGAGACCUCUUCGGUGCUUCCAAUGUUCCAAAAGAGGUCCCGAAAAAGAUGCCUCUUUUUGAUGAUCUGCCACCAAAACCUUUAAAAGAAGAUGGACAAAAGAAAAAUAACUUGUUCGACUCAGGAAGGACGUCUCUCUUUGAUGACUUGGAUGAUAAUGACCUUACCAUAAAUCAGCCCAAGGCACCUGAAGUAAUAUCACCAAAUCCAGUCAUCGGUGGAAAAGUGCCAGAGACCAGUAUUACCAAGUCAAAACUAUCUAAUGAAACCAACCCCAAAGCUGCAAGUCCUGCAAUAGUACCGUCAAAUAAAAUUUCUCUGUUUGGUGAUUCAGAUAGUGAUGAGGAUAUUUUUUCAACAUCCAAAGCUCCAGCCGUCAGUGACGACAGUGAAGAUUUAUUCAAACCAGUUGCGGUUGCACCUAAAAAGUCUGAAGUUCCCAAGCAAGAUUUAUUUGCAUCACCAAAAGAUGUUGCAAGUGUUCCUGUUGAUAAGUCUGAGCCCAGCACAACUUCUGUCGAUUCCACUGUUAAACUUGAAAGACAUAUCACUCAUCCAGUUUCUUCUACAAUACCAAAAUCUGAAAAAAUAGUAAAGCCAUCUGUAUUUUCCACUGCCAGUCCCCCCAAAGAGGCAAGAGCCCUGCAUUUAGAUUUGCAGAAAGAGCCUCCUAAAGUUGCCAACUUAUUUGAAUCUCCAGAGGCUGAUGGAAAACCCAAAACUCCAGAGCCUCUUACCAAUAAACCAGAAGAGAAUGACAACAGAGUAAUUGCAGCGCCUUCUCAAAGUGCUGUUCGAAGAGGCCUCGCUCUCAAUAUUAACCCUCUGGCCCUUCUCCCUGGAAGUAAGCCUUUGAAGACACCAACGCCCAUGUCCCCAACCUCACCCAUGUCACAAGUCAGCAAUGAACCAUCACCACAAACAUCACAAAAAACUGUAAAAUCGCCUGAAAAAGAGGCACCACCUCCCCCAGGCACUGAGCCCAUAAAAGUAGACACGGCCAGUUUUGAUGAUGCUCCGAAAAGGAAUAGUCAACUCCUUCAUCUUGGAAAGGAUCGGAUUCGCAUCAAACAGAAACGAAAACCUCCAACUCGAAAGGGUCGUCCCGCUUCAACUGAAAGCCCGACAGACCCUCUCGCAUCCAACCUUGUCUCUCCAGCAACCGAUGAAGACGAUUUGUUUGUCGUGUCCCCCGCUCCUACGCCAGAAGAAAUUUUCACCAGCUCCAGUGAAAAAGAAGCAGAAACGCCAUCUUCGGUGCCAACGCUUGGCCCUUCCUCCAUUUUCAACGAACCUCCUCCGCUUCCGAGCAAGGUGGAUGACGUUUUCGGUGAUGAUGAUGACUACCUUUUCUCAGACCCUCUUCCGACCAUGAGUGAACCCAAAGUAGAUGUGCGAUUCAGUUUUGAGCCUCCACCAUUGCCAACUGGAGACAUGGGCAUCACCGUUGAUAAUGAUUUAUUUGCGGUGAGUCCUUUGUCACCACCAGCUGAUGACAAAUUUUCUGUAAGACCGAAUCAAAAGCAGAAGAGUCCAAGUAUCGAGGGACUAUUUUGUUCGGUUGAAAUAGAGGCAUCAAAUUUAUUUGCUGAAAACAUCGAGAACAAAACAAAUAGCAAGUCCCUUUUGAAACCUGAAGUUCUUUCAAACAAUAUUUUUGAUGAUGAGGAUGAUGAUAUUUUUGGCAGUGGUGAAACAGCAGUAUCUGACACACAACAGACUGAUCCGAACAGCCCUGUACCAAAAGGAAAGCCUCAACAAAAUUUGAGUUCCGGGAGUGUUGAAUCAGAGUCAGUUGAUUCUUUAGAGAGAAAUACUUCUAACACAAUAAUUUUCCGUGAUAAUGAAACACCUCCCAAUACUGAUGCUAAUUCCAGCGUUGAUAUGUUUGCUGAGAAUGACAUAUUCACGGAUGCCCAAACACCAGACUCUUCUGGUGAACUACUCUUUGAAACUCCUCCGUUGCCUAAUGAGGAGUCUUUUGGUUCCUUGACAAACAAAGUUGAUGUUUUCCUCACACCAGAUUCGUCAAUGGAAGCACCAGCAAGCAAAUUUCAGAAGUCGUCUGAGGAGGUUCCCAAACAGGUUAUCAGUAACGAGCCUGUGGCCCUUUUCGGGGAGGAUGAUGACGACGAUGAUCUCUUUGCGUCCCCUGCUUCUAAGCCUAGCCAGGCAGUUGAGGAUAAAGUGAAACCGUUACCUCAACCUGUUCAGACCACGCCCAAAGUCACAGAAAGGAAAAAUGUUGUCCACGAUCUUUUUGCUGAAGAUGACGAUAACGAUCUCUUUGGCGCGCCUACUGUUGUAAAAAGUGUGCCAAGAAAACAGCCAGAGGCCACGGAAAAAUUAUCUACAAAAUCAGAAGCCCCAGCUGAUGAUUUGUUUUCCAGCAAUGUGUCUGGGCCUUCUAGCACUUCAAAGACAUCAAUCAUUGAUAAGAAAAAGGAAUUGAUAAAAAAGAAGUCAAGCGCUUUAUUUGGGGACCUGGAUGAUGAGGAAAAUGAUCUUUUUGGCAGUGCUGUGAAAUCCAAAGUACCUCCAAAGCAGCAGCAAAAACCUCAAGAGAAGAGCGACAGCCAAGAUUUAUUUGACGACCCUCUCCUUGGUGGAUUGGGAUAAGCAAUCAAUGUUCAAAUCAGGUGCAUUUUUUGUUAGCAGGCAUCUGCUGACUCAAAGAAGUUGUUAUUUUUAAAUGAUUAGCCACAAGCAUGUGAUUCAAGAAGCAUUCCUCAGUUAAUAUAUAUGAAUGUACCCGUUGAAAUCUAUGUCAAUAAAAUAUAAUA